AAUUCACUUAUGUUUGCGACGUAUACUUCGCGAUUAGCAAUCAGAGAAUGCUUUAUAGCUAUCAGCCUAUAUUUCCCUCCAAUUUCAAGUAGAGCAAAAGAAGGUUAAAGAAAAAGGGUUUCAUUCUGCUCGAGCUUUGAAUCUUUGAAGUCACAAAUCGAAGUUCAAAAAUGGCCUCUUCUUCUACGACGACACCGUCAGGCCCAGAAAUCCCAUGGGUAGAGAAGUUUCGACCCACAAAGGUAUCGGACAUCGUAGGCAACGAAGAUGCUGUCGCCAGACUCCAAGUUAUUGCUCGUGAUGGCAACAUGCCCAAUCUUAUCUUAGCCGGUCCUCCUGGUACUGGCAAAACCACUAGUAUAUUGGCUCUUGCUCAUGAACUUCUGGGGCCAAACUAUAAGGAGGCUGUUUUGGAGCUAAAUGCAUCAGAUGAUAGAGGCAUCGAUGUUGUCAGAAACAAAAUCAAGAUGUUUGCUCAGAAGAAAGUUACUCUACCCCCCGGGCGGCACAAAGUAAUUAUUUUGGACGAGGCUGACAGCAUGACAUCUGGAGCUCAGCAAGCACUGAGGAGGACAAUGGAAAUAUACUCGAACUCCACUCGCUUUGCUCUCGCCUGCAACACUUCUUCUAAGAUUAUCGAGCCUAUUCAAAGUAGAUGUGCCCUGGUCCGAUUUGCAAGAUUAUCUGACCAAGAGAUCCUUGGACGCCUUAUGGCCGUGGUUGAUGCAGAAAAGGUUCCUUAUGUACCCGAAGGUCUUGAGGCUAUUAUAUUUACUGCUGAUGGAGAUAUGAGACAGGCAUUAAAUAACUUACAAGCAACACACAGUGGAUUUGGUUUUGUCAACCAAGAGAAUGUUUUCAAGGUUUGUGACCAGCCCCAUCCGUUGCAUGUGAAAAAUAUGGUCCGGAAUGUCCUUGAAGGGAAAUUUGAUGAUGCUUGCGCGGGUUUAAAGGCUCUAUAUGACCUGGGCUAUUCCCCCACGGAUAUUAUCACAACCCUCUUCCGAAUUAUAAAGAACUAUGACAUGGCGGAAUAUGUAAAACUGGAGUUCAUGAAGGAAACUGGUUUUGCCCACAUGAGGAUCUGCGAUGGGGUUGGUUCGUAUCUCCAGAUGUGCGGUUUGCUGGCUAAACUAUCAUUGGUUCGAGAAACGGCUAAGGCUGCAUAAUAAGACAGGCAUUUGAAGUACAUGGUCAACAGAGAGAUUAGUCCUUGGUGAUCUUCCUUUUUAUCUCCUAGUUCUUCCUUUCCUUAAAAACAGCUUAGCUUAUAUGCCAAACGUUGGGCUGUCUAAUAGCAAAGUCAUUGCUGUUGUUGCUAUGUGGAAAAUGAUUGCUGAACCAUUAUGCAUUUCAGUUCUACUAAUGUAAAGGAAGCCCUUUGACUCUAGGAAUGAACAUGUUAGAAAAGGACCACGAGGGCGUUUUGGAUUGACUUUUAAGCUGGUCAAAUCAGCUUUUAAGCUC